GUUUGAGGACGUCGCUGUGACCCCGGAAGCGAUCCUGAGAGGUCGGGACACCAAGAUGGCGGCGCGGACAGCGUUCGGGUCUGUGUGCCGGCGCCUCUGGCAGGGCUUGGGCAAUUUUUCUGUAGACAGUUCUAAGAGCAGUACAGCCAAAAAUGGUGGCUUUCUUCUCAGUACCAAUAUGAAGUGGGUACAGUUUUCAAGCCUACAUGUUGAAACUCCUAAGGAUUUGACCAAACCUACGAUAACCAUUUCUGAUGAACCAGACACAUUAUAUAAGCGUCUGUCAGUUUUAGUAAAAGGCCACGAUAAGGCUGUAUUGGACAGUUAUGAAUAUUUUGCUGUGCUUGCUGCUAAAGAACUUGGUAUCUCUAUUAAAGUACAUGAACCUCCAAGAAAAAUAGAACGAUUUACUCUUCUCAAAUCAGUGCACAUUUUCAAGAAGCACAGAGUUCAGUAUGAAAUGAGAACACUUUACAGAUGUUUAGAGUUAGAACAUCUUACUGGAAGUACAGCAGAUGUCUACUUGGAAUAUAUUCAGCGAAACUUACCUGAAGGGGUUGCCAUGGAAGUAACUAAGACACAAUUAGAACAGUUACCAGAACACAUCAAGGAGCCAAUCUGGGAAACUGUAUCCAAGGAAAAAGAAGAAAUCAAGUCAUAAAACCUCAGGGAGGCUAGUAGCACCUGAAUUGGAAAUGGGGAUGGGCAAGAUGUGUAUGUUUAAGUGGAGAGUGCUUCCAGCUGAGAUGGAUUUGAGUCUACCUAAUUGUGUUGAGUCCUCAUGCCUGGUCAGCUGAGAGCGGGGAAUGGAGCUUUAAUGACAGGCUGGACUAUAGUGAAAGAACCACUUUGUUCUUUUAUACAUGUCGUUAUUUCAGUUUUGAUUUUUACAAGCAUAAACAAACCAUAAGCCCACUA